AUCCAACUCCUCCCCAAGUUCAUCUCCAGAGACCAGAAUCCAUUCAACGGCAUAUAUAUAAUCCCCAAUUGUUUCAUCUGAUGUUUAGCCACCACUACAAUCAUGUCCUCAAUAACCUUCCACCUCUAUAUCCACCUCGUUCCCCUCAUAGCCUCCGUCUUUUUCUAUCUGGACCGGCAUCAUUCACUCCGAAACCCCCCUCACACCUCCACUCUUUCUAUCUCUACCACUGACUAUAAGUCUGCCGCAAAACUCUACUUGUACACUCCUUUCACCUCUAACCGCGUAACCUCCCAACACACAAACACAAUCAUUAACUUCCAAGGCUACGCCUGGACCUACAGCAGCAUACGGAACGACCUCUGCAUUGCGGAUUUCGUAAUCGGGCUAGAUAUACAUCCAUCUCCGUCUCGUACCGCCUCUUCCCUUCCCAUCUUCCCCAAGCAUAAUUAGAAGAGUAUUAUACGGAAUAGAGUAUGGUGUCUGCAAGAUUGCGUUAUGCGGCUGGUUAGUAGGUGGACAGCUAGUUUUUACUAUAGCAAUGAAGAUAACGGGACGGAUGUAGUUAGCAGG